AUGGCCGACCAAGAAGUGGAUUUGGACUCUAUCAUCGACCGCCUGUUGGAGGUGAGGGGCAGCCGUCCGGGAAAGCAGGUGCAGUUGUUGGAAUCCGAGAUCCGUUAUCUCUGCACCAAGGCCCGUGAGAUUUUCAUCUCACAGCCUAUUCUGCUAGAGCUGGAAGCCCCCAUCAAGGCCAACUACCUGUUCCUCGGUGAUUACGUCGACCGUGGUAAGCAGUCGCUCGAGACCAUCUGCCUGCUCCUCGCGUACAAGAUCAAGUACCCCGAGAACUUCUUCAUUUUGCGUGGCAACCACGAGUGUGCCUCCAUCAACCGUAUCUAUGGCUUCUACGAUGAGUGCAAGCGACGAUACAACAUCAAGCUGUGGAAGACCUUCACCGACUGCUUCAACUGCCUGCCCAUUGCCGCCAUCAUUGACGAGAAGAUUUUCACUAUGCACGGCGGUCUGAGCCCCGAUCUCAACUCGAUGGAGCAGAUCCGCCGUGUUAUGCGUCCCACUGAUAUCCCCGACUGCGGCCUCCUCUGCGAUCUGCUGUGGUCUGAUCCGGACAAGGAUAUCACGGGUUGGAGCGAAAAUGACCGUGGUGUCUCGUUCACAUUCGGCCCCGAUGUGGUGUCACGUUUCCUCCAGAAACACGAUAUGGACUUGAUAUGCCGUGCGCACCAGGUUGUGGAGGAUGGAUACGAGUUCUUCUCGAAGCGACAGCUGGUCACGCUAUUCAGCGCGCCCAACUACUGCGGUGAAUUCGACAAUGCGGGUGCGAUGAUGAGCGUCGACGAGUCUCUGCUCUGCUCCUUCCAGAUCCUAAAACCAGCCGAAAAGAAACAAAAGUACGUCUACGGUGGCAUGAGCUCCGGCGGGUCCAUCACUCCUCCGCGCAAGCAAAAGAAGAAAUAA